AAAGGUCAGCCUCUCUAGGAUGGUGACAUUCCCAACCUAGUUACACAUAAAAACCUGCCAGCUUUAAUUGUAUCUCCCUGAAGAUGUCUCUUUGGAGUCUUGUCUUCUUUCGGACAUCCAUAAAGGAAACAGACUUUGACCCCAAUUUGCCUUAUUCACUUGACACAUCACUACCAUAAAAAUAUUAAGAAGACAACCCAUAUAAGUCAGAACGGUGAAAAGGUUCAUGGUAUUUCACAGGAGAAGCAGGUUUCGAAGAAGGCAGCUUCCUGGAGGUUACUAAGAUAUGGCAUUACUAAAGAUGACCUGGAAGAAGAACAUCCUAAUGCAGAACUAUGCAUCACUCCUCUUAGUGAUUUUACUUCUACCAUAUGGCUUAAUGGAUGUCAUCCUAACUGUGAAUAACAACAGUGAAAACUAUGUCCUGCCAACCAAGCCUGGCUCUUCAGAGUCUCUAAAAUGUGCAGUUCAGAAUCACAGCCAAGAUGAAGAGCUACUCUGGUACAGGGAAACUGGGAAGGUGGACCUGAAAGCUGAAAACAAAAUCAACUCUAGUGACAUUUGUAUUUAUCCUGUCAGUGAGGAUGACAAUGGAGUCACCUUUACCUGCAAGUUGCAACGGAACCAAUCCAUAAGCAUCUCAGUGACUUUGAAUGUCACUUAUGAGCCCAUUCUGAGUGGGAAAGACCUCCAAACAGUCAAGGAAGGAAACGGCAUAAAAUUAGACUGUAAUGUGAAGUCCAACCCCCCAGCUCAAAUGAUGUGGUACAGAUACAACAGUGUCCUGAAUUUGGAGAAGAAUCAUCACCAAAUAUAUCAAACAAGCGAGCUAUUCCAACUGUCUAUCUCCAAGACCCUGAAAUCUGAUAAUGGGACAUACAGUUGCCACGCAAAGACGUCCAAUGAGUUGAGGAUCAUGAAUUUCCACCUGAUCAUUGAAGAUAAAGAAACUACUAUUCCCAUUGAACCCAUUAUUGCUGCUUCUGUGGUGGUCUUCUUAACCAUAAUGUUUGGACUAAUUGCAAGAAGAAAAAAGAUAAUGAAGCUUUGCAGGAAGACCCAGACACCUCAAAGUGGUAUAGCUAUGUGAAGAAUCAAGCAGCUGUCUAACAGUAGAGGACAAUACCAAGGCCUUCGUGGGUGUGGAGUCCCGUGUGUGUUCCUUGCUUUUAUUAAAAUGUGCUUCCUUCGGUCAGUGCUGAUGAAGAGGUGUUGGACUAAUCAAUUAAUGUCAAUCUAAGUAUUUUGGCUAAAAGAAAAUAGGAUAAAAAUUGGCUAAUUUGAGGUAUAAGAGGAGGAGGAUUGAAUGGAAACAGAGGAAAUCUUAGAAUUUGAACAAAGCUUCUUCUCAGAAGUUAAUGUAGUAAUGAUCCUUCUUGCAUAACAUCCCAUUUCCCACCUCCACCUUGCAUUAGUAUCUGGAAUUUAUUUGCCUUUCAUCCUCCUUUCCUAAAAGCUCUGACUCCUUCUACAGCAUAGCUCAAAUAAUACUUCUUAGUAGGAGCCUUUCCUUAUCUUCUCAGUUAUUAUUACUUGAUUGCCUUCUAUAUAUUUUGUAUUUACUUAUCUGGAUACAAAUUGUGCCCCUUCCUAUCCCCCACUCCUACCUCUGGAAUAUAGUAAAUUCCUUGAAGGCAGGGAAUAUUAUGUAGAUUUUUAAAAAUAUUUGUAUUCUCAGUUCCUAGAACAGGGCAUAGCCUAAAGAAGGGAACUUAAUAAACAUUAGUUUAAUUGAAUUGAAUUUCCAUUUAACUUGUACCUGAUACCUUCUCAAUCCUAGGAUUCACUUAUGAACACAUUAAGACAAAUAUAAAUGGACAAAUUCAAUGGAGCCAGUCAAAGAAAAUGUCUGUUUAGAAGCCCAUCUUUUUUAUACAACAAUUUGUAGAACUAUGCAUUAGUUAUGAGUCAAUAUAUACUCAGUGGACACAUUUAGACUAAAAUACCUGACUUUCCUUAAAGUUGAUAUAUCUGUGUUUUCUUGCCUUAAUUCCUUACCAAUGUGAAUGUACCAAUCCCGAUAUCUUUUCUCUCAAUUUGUACCUGUAUAAAGGUCUCAUUUCUCAGAUUUGUAGAGAACUGAGUCAAAUUUAUAAAAAUAAGCUCCAGUCCCCAGUGGACAAGUGAUCAAAAGAUAUAAAAUUUUCAGAAGAAUUUUCAAAAUUUUCAAAGCUAUCUAUGGCCAUAUGAAAUAUUCUGAAUCACUUAAAACAAUUUAAAACAAGUCAGAGGUACUACCUCACACUAUUAGAUUAGCUAAUAGAACAGAAAAAGAAAAUAACAAAUGUUGAAGGGGAUGUAGAAAAAUCGAAUCACUAAUGCACUGUUGGCAGAAUUGAAAACUGAUUCAACCUUUUUGUAGAAUAAUUUGGAAUUGUGCCCAAAGGGCUAUAAAAUUAUGUAUAUCCUUUGACCCAGCAAUAUCACUAGAUCUAUAUCUUAAAGGAAAUCUUUUUUAAAAAGAUAAUAAUCUAUAUGUACAAAAAUAUUUAUAGCAAUGCUUUUCUGGUGUCAAAGAAUUGGAAACUAAGGAGAUACCCAUCAAUUAGGGAAGGACUGAACAAGUUGUGAGAUAUAAUUGUGAUGAGAUGCUAUUAUGCUAUAAGAAAGGAUGAGCAGGAUGCUCUCAAAAAAACCUAGAAAGACUUACAUGAACUGAUGUAAAAUGAAAUAAGAAAAAUUAAGAGAACAUUAUACACAGUAACAGCAAUAUUUUAAGAUGAUCAAUUGGGAAUGACUUAGGUAUUUCCCAACAACACAAAGAUCCAAGACAACUUAGAAGGACUUAUGAUAAAGAAAUGUUAUCCAUCCCCAGAGAAAGAAUUGAUGGAGUCUGAAUACAGAUCAAAACAUAAUUUAAAAAAAAAUUCCUUUAUUUUUCUUGGGGUUUUUUUGGUCUGUUUUAUUUUAUAACAUGAUUAAUAUAGAAAUAUGUUUUGUAAAACUACACGUGUAUAACCUAUAUCAAAUUGCUUGUCUUCUCAAUGAGGAGGGCAAGGAAAAAGGGAAAGAAUUUGGAAUUCAGAGUUUUAAAAAGGUUAACAAUUUUUUCACAUGUAAUUGGGGGAAAAUAAAAUACUAAGUAAAAUUUUCCCCCAAAAUUACUAAGGUGCCUAACAAAUGGUUAUCCAGGCCUAGCCUGCUUGUGGUUCACCUA